CAGUCUGCUUUUCCCAGAAUUACUUUCAAUUUCCUUGCGACUUGAAUUUUGUAAGAUGGUUGUGCUUAUAUUUGAAAUUAUGAGAAAAAAAGAAGUGGAAAAGAGAAGCAUAAUUGCGAUAAGAAGGAAUGUUGGUGGCAUAUAUGAUCUUUGGCUUCAAGGAUUGUUUCGAUUGUUAAAGUGAAAGAUCAGUACCAAGGCCUAAAGGUUGUUCACGUCUAGUUAUAAACCACUUUAAUGUCCACGCACCACCUGUUUGAUUCAAUGCUCAAUUAAAGUAUAUGACUCUCGUAUUUUACUUCUGGAGGGCGGUGUAGUGUUGGACCUAAAGACAAUGUAGGGCUGUUGAACAACUUGAAUCAUGGUGCAUUGUAUUCUUCUUGGGUCGGGAUGGACAGGCAAAGGGAACAAUUUCAAUCAUCAUGACAGUAAUCUUUUUUUGGGGCGGUCUACAAGGGAGACGAAUGCAUUCGUCAGACAUCACAAGUUGUCCGAGUAAUAGGAUAACAUGCCUACUUAAUCAGCCAUCCAUUCUGACUCCCGACAUUGACCGAAAAGAAAGUAGGCCUUUGGUUAAAAUGUGUGGAGUUACAUCACCUAGAGAUGCUGCUCUGGCAUCAGAAGCUGGUGCUGAUUUUGUUGGAAUGAUUCUCUGGCCUAACUCAAAACGUUCUAUUUCACUUCCUGUUGCCAAGGAAAUAUCAAAAGUUGCACGGGAGAAUGGAGCAGAGCCUGUUGGAGUAUUUGUAGAUGAUAAUGCGGACACUAUAUUAAGAGUUUCUGAAGCCACAGACCUUGAAUUUGUGCAGCUGCAUGGAAAUGGUUCCCGUGCUGCUUUUCCAGUUGUCGUGAGAGAGAACCGGGUGAUUUUUGUCCUUCAUGCUAAUGAAGAUGGAAGCCUAUUGAACUCCAUUUCUGAUGAAGAAUGUUCUCUAGUUGACUUGAUUCUUGUUGAUAGUGCUAAAGGAGGAAGCGGCAAGGGAUUUGAUUGGUCCAAGUUUGAACUGCCACCGAUUAGAAGCAAAUAUGGGUGGCUCCUAGCUGGGGGAAUUAAUCCCGAGAACGUGUCUGAGGCUCUUUCUGCUCUAAGACCUCAUGGAGUUGAUGUUAGUAGUGGUAUUUGUGGUCCUGAUGGUAUUCAGAAGGACGAGUCACUGAUAUUGUCCUUUAUGAAUGCAGUCCGUUCUGCAAAUGUUUUAAUGGAGGAGUAAACUGUCUUAAUUUCGAGUUUGUUGAAUUUUCUUGUGUAAUUAAACCAUCGCUUUGAAGUCCAAUCAUUUUGAUGAGAUAUUCAUCACAAGUUUGGUGUACAUAUUGCCCGUUGUACAAAGAUCGAAAUACUCUGUCUCUGUUAUGAAUUUCCUAGGGCUGUGAUCGAGUGGGACACAGCAUUCAACCUUUUACGACA